UCCAAAUAUUGCGGGGUUACUAGGUUUAAUACGUUACACGGUGCAUUUUAAAACGUGCAGUAGAAAGAAGAGGCGGAGCGGAAUCGUUUCUCAGUCGAGCUGUAUCUUCUGAAUGCUGAAAGGCUCGCUGGACCGCGAACAACAGCGCCUGUGGGGAAUCCCGGAGAUAAAGAACUAGCGGUCGCCUGCAGACGCCCGCACCUGUGGCAGUCAUGCUGGUGGAUUUCGAAAAGCUGCGGAUGACGGGCGCUGGGAAAGCUAUUGCUGUCCUGACAAGCGGCGGAGAUGCACAAGGAAUGAAUGCAGCCGUUCGUGCUGUAACACGCAUGGGCAUUUAUGUCGGUGCAAAGGUUUACCUGAUCUAUGAGGGCUACCAAGGACUUGUGGAUGGAGGUGACAACAUCAAACCUGCCAACUGGCAAAGUGUGACCAACAUCAUCCAGCUGGGUGGCACCGUGAUUGGCAGUGCCCGCUGUAAGGCUUUCACUACACGAGAGGGUCGCCUGGCAGCUGCCUUCCACCUGGUCCAGCGGGGCAUCACUAACCUGUGUGUGUGCGGUGGGGACGGCAGCCUCACUGGUGCCAACAUCUUCCGCAGUGAAUGGAGUGAACUGUUGGCCCAGCUGGUGGAGGAAGGGAGAAUCGCUGACCCUUUGGCUCAACAAUACACUCAUCUAAACAUUGUGGGCCUUGUGGGUUCCAUCGAUAAUGACUUCUGCGGAACAGACAUGACCAUCGGAGCCGACUCGGCUCUUCAUCGCAUCAUGGAGGUCAUUGAUGCCAUCAGCACCACUGCACAGAGUCACCAGAGGACAUUUGUGCUGGAGGUGAUGGGCAGACAUUGCGGGUACCUGGCUGUGGUGUCAGCUCUGGCAUCUGGUGCCGACUGGGUCUUUAUCCCCGAGGCUCCUCCAGAGGAGGGGUGGGAGGACCACAUGUGUGCCCGCCUUGGAGAGAGUCGCAGCAAGGGGUCUCGCCUCAACAUUGUGAUCAUCGCAGAGGGCGCCAUUGAUAAGCACGGCCAGCCAAUAACCUCCAACUACGUAAAGGAUCUGGUGGUGCAGAGGCUGGGUUAUGACACUCGGAUCACUGUACUGGGGCACGUGCAAAGGGGAGGAACACCUUCUGCCUUCGACAGGGUGCUGAGCAGUAAACUGGGGGUGGAGGCAGUUGUAGCCUUGUUGGAGGCUACACCAGAGACUUCGGCCUGUGUGAUCGGACUGUCUGGUAACCAGGCCAUGCGUCUCCCUCUUAUGGAAUGUGUCAAUAUGACAAAAGAGGUCCAGAAAGCCAUGAAUGAGGGGCGAUUCGAUGAAGCUAUUCAACUACGUGGAAAGAGUUUUGAGAACAACUGGAACACUUAUAAGCUUUUAGCCCACCAGAAACCUGCCCAGUCAAAGAGCAACCACUCCGUGGCGAUCCUGAACGUGGGAGCUCCUGCGGCGGGUAUGAACGCGGCCGUGAGGUCGGCGGUCCGAGUGGGCCUGGCCCAGGGUCUCCGUGUCUACACCGUCCAUGAUGGCUUCGAGGGCUUGGCCAGAGGCGCGGUGACAGAGAUGCACUGGCAUGAUGUAGCUGGGUGGACUGGCCAAGGAGGCUCACUGCUCGGUACAAAACGAACCCUCCCCAACUCCUGCAUGGAAAAAAUUGUGGAGAAUAUUGGCAAAUUUGGUAUUCAGUCUCUUCUGGUUAUCGGUGGAUUUGAGGCUUAUGAGGGAAUUCUCCAGCUGGUGGAGGCUCGGGGCCAUUAUGACGAACUUUGCAUUGUCAUGUGUGUGAUUCCGGCCACCAUAAGCAACAACGUUCCAGGCACAGAUUUCAGUAUAGGAGCAGACACGGCUGUCAAUGCUGCCAUGGAGAGCUGUGACAAAAUCAAGCAGUCUGCAUCUGGCACCAAGAGGCGUGUCUUCAUUGUCGAGACCAUGGGUGGAUAUUGUGGCUAUCUGGCAACCACCACAGGCAUCGCUGUUGGGGCAGAUGCAGCCUACAUCUUUGAAGAGGCCUUCAACAUUCAUGACCUGGAGAUGAAUGUAGAGCAUUUGACAGAGAAGAUGAAGAAUGACAUUCAGAGAGGCCUGGUGCUGAGAAAUGAGAAAUGCCACCAACACUACACAACCGACUUCAUCUAUAACCUGUACUCUGCUGAGGGCAUGGGCGUCUUCGACUGUAGGGUUAACGUACUGGGACACUUGCAGCAGGGUGGCGUCCCUACGCCCUUUGACAGGAACUUUGGCACCAAAAUGGGAGUGAAGGCAGUGCAGUGGCUUGCUGAGAAAAUGAAACAGACCUACAGGCAAGGCCGUGUGUUUGCCAAUGCCCCGGACACGGCCUGUGUCAUCGGCAUGAACAGGAAAGUGAUGUCAUUUAGCCCGGUCACAGAGCUCAAGGACCACACAGACUUUGAAGCAGAUACCGGUUCUGCUGCUAGGUUGAUGCCCUUCCGCGGCCCUGUCCAGUUCUCCUUCUGUAAGGGCCCGUGUCCUGGUGUCUCCUCCAUGCUCUCAAGACUGAGCUGGGAGAGGCAACAAACAAUCUUGAGACGGCACAUAUCGAUUACCUGGAUUACCUGUACAGCCUGAAUGGACUGCAGGUACCACCUCAUGCUAUUAGUAGUGACAUGGACAUUAGCACAAUGCAAAACUAUAGUACUGUAGAGAAAAAUUGGUCAGGAAGGAUGAGGAGAGAAUAACCAUCUGUGGCCACCACCUGCAAAACUAUUCCCUUUUUGGGGAUGGUCUUGCUUCUCCAGUGCCCCUGUUACUUUAAUUUGCACCAAGGCAGGUAAAUUAUACAUAAUUGCUUAUGUUAGGAAACCUAACUGGACAGAAUGAUAUUAAAGCUUAAUUAACUCUGUUACUGUGAUGAUUGUGUUCUCUUAAUUUUAAUUUUUUUUAUAUGGUAGUCAAAAUUGCAUUAAAAUAUACAAGGAUACCCAAGAAAGAGGAUGCUUUGGACAAGGGUGCUUCGUCAGCUGUGCAAAAGUACUCCUGAAAUUGUAGGAGAAAUUUGAAUGUCCCUCCUCCUCCCCCAAAUUCAGAAGCACAUCCUGUUUCUCUGGAAACCUUGUGUACUUCGUUGCAAUCUCUACAUCUUUUAUGACAGUACACUGCAGUUACUCACCAGGAAUCUUAGAAGGAGGUUCUGAACUGGUGUCUGCCAAAUGCUAAAAAUGUAACUGUGUGGCUCUGCAGACACAGGAUGCAGAAGGAUCAGUGGUGGAUAAAUCUGCGAGCUGUGCUGAAGAUGUUGGCCAAGUACCACACCAACUUCGAGGAAUACGUUA